ACACUGAUACAUCCCUUCGGGGGUACUUAUUUAGCCAUAGAGAACGAUAUAUUGUCUACUUUCAGUGGCUACAAUACCAGUGUAAAAAGUGGUGGCCCCUGUGAUAUAUCGUCGCAUCAUCAUGACUUCAUCGAGUUCAACCCGAGACAAUCAUCACGAAAUCCUAUAAAAGGUCGAUUACACGGAGGAAGAUACACAAACGUUUUUAACAACAAUCUCUCUCUUUACACCGCGUUACUCGACCAUGUCAAACGCACAAAGCUCGCAAAGACAUUCUCUCGAGGGGAACAGUAAAUUGCACAACGCAAACUAUACAGACCCUGCGGCGCAGGUGAACCAAGGCAUCGUUGGCAACAGACCAGAAGGCCAGCAACCACGCACAGCGCCAGUGACCCUUGACACUUAUGUCAACAGGGAUGCGUCGGCUACUCCAUCGUCACCACCCCCUGUAACUCGGGUUUCAGAUACGCUGACCGGAGCUACCUCACCUGACGUCCACAACGGUCUCGGUCAUCCCGGCCAGGGAAUGUCGAGCAAGGAGUUGAGACAUGACGGCCAGCCAGGGCGGAAGCGGUAUGGGGAAGGGACGGACCAGUUUGGUCAAGAACAUGGUCGAGGGAAUGGUUCCAAGAAGUUGGAUGGUACGGACGCAUCAUCUUUUGUAUGUUAAGGGUCGACAUUUCCGCACAGGCUGGAUAUG